CCUGUAUCGCAAUUUUGCAUCACCGAUAAAUUAUAUGGCUCUAUUUCAAUCAAGUGAAAAAUUGCUUUGUUAACUAUUUCUAUCAACAGUAAUAUAGUCAAUAUAGUCAAUAUACAACAUGACAGUUGAUCCUACUCCUAUAGGAGCUCUUGAGGUUAAAAGACCUCACUCUAUUAACAAUUUACCACCUUUAAUUAUUGGUGGUGCAGUGUUUAAUACUCAAUAUUCCGAUGACCCUCGUAGUUUACCAGCUAAAGAAAUAUUAAGGAAUGCCUUUGAAAAGGGUUUAAAUGCUAUUGAUACAUCUCCUUAUUAUGGUCCAUCAGAAAUAAUUAUUGGUGAAGCACUUAAAGAACUUGAUAUCGAUAGACAAUCUUAUUAUAUAUGUACAAAAGCUGGAAGAGUUAAAUUAGAUGAUUUUGAUUAUUCACGUGAAAAUGUUAGAAAUUCCGUUAAAAGAUCAUUACAAAGAUUAGGUACAACUUAUUUAGAUCUUGUUUAUAUGCAUGAUAUCGAAUUUGUUCAAGAAGAUCAAAUUUUUGAAGCAUUAAAGGAAUUAAAACAGUUAAAACAUGAAGGAUUAAUUUUAAACUUUGGAAUCUCUGGUUAUCCAGUUAAAUUCUUAUAUAAAAUUGCCCUUGGAGCAACUAAAAGUCCAGAGAUUGGACCACUUGAUGCAGUUUUAUCUUAUUCAAAUGGUUGUAUACAAAAUGAUACUCUAUUUAUUUAUUAUGACAAAUUUUUUACUGAUUGUCAUAUCAAGAAAUUAUCAAAUGGUUCAAUUUUAAGUAUGUCAUUAUUAAGAUCUCAAAAGACCCACGCAUUUCAUCCAGCUCCUCAAGCUUUGAAAGAUAAAGUCCAUGAAAUUGCUAAUAUAUUAAAGGAGGAUUAUAAUGAUUUAGAAUUAGCAGAUUUAUCUACUAGAUUUGCUCUUAGAGAAUGGUUAUUUAAGACUGGAUCUGAAGACGUUGACUCUUAUGGAGUAUCUAAAUGGAAUUCUAAAACGUCUAUUGUUUUAGGUGUAUCUAGUUUGGAAGAAUUAGAUGUUGCUAUCAAGAGUUAUUGGCAGGUCAAGAAUAAUGAAAACAAUAUAAAUAUUAAGGACCAACCAAUUAUUGAAAGAGUUCAGAGUUUAUUGGGUGCAAAGCAUUUCAAUGAGACAUGGCCAAGUGGAAUCGAUGGUCGUUAAUUCAAAUUUAUUUUAAUUUAAUUUAUUUUAGUUUAUUAAGUGCUAAUUUAUAGAACGAGACGCUUGCUUAUUUAUUACAAUUUGUUUAUUCACUUCUUCAUAAAAUAUAUAUUCUUAUGUUAUUUAAUGGGU